AUGCCGGAUAUCGAGGAACCUUCAGUCAAGCCGGUGAGCGAUGAAAAAGCGUCUCCGAAACAGACCACCGAGCGCAGUGCGUCACCACCGCGGGAACCGUCGCGCGAAAGCAGCGCGAGCCCGGAACCGAACCGGGUGAAAUCGGUUGUAAGGCGUCGUACCGAAAGGAGUGAAGAUGGUGAAAUCAGUUCCGGCCGUGAUUCGCGUUCGCGAUCCGCCUCCCGAAGCGAUCGGAGAAGUGAGCGUCGCCGUGACCGCAGAAGCCGGUCACGGCGUCAUCGACGAUCGCGAUCCCGCUCCCGGUCGCCGGACCGUUCACGUCGAUACGCCCGGGGUUACCGUAGAAGAGAUCGCACACGAUCCCGAACACGAUCUCGAUCGCGCUCCCGUCAAAGGGCGGAUCGGCGAGAGGAUGCCUCACGGCGCACCAAAGCCACCGGUGGUAAGGCGGAAGGUGCGCUCGAUCGCAAAGAGGAAGGUGACGAGGCGUUACUGCGCCACGAAAAGCCGGCCAUCCGGAAGACGGUCGAUCUGCUGACGUCGAAAACGGGCGGUGCGUACAUUCCGCCGGCGAAGCUGCGCAUGAUGCAGGCCGAAAUCACGGACAAAGCGUCGGCCGCGUACCAGCGCAUCUCGUGGGAAGCGCUGAAGAAGUCCAUCCACGGGUUCAUCAACAAGGUGAACGUGGACAACAUUGGCGUGAUCACGCGCGAGCUGCUGCGCGAGAACAUCAUCCGCGGCCGGGGGCUGCUCUGCCGGUCCAUCAUCCAAGCGCAGGCCGCCUCUCCGACGUUCACGCACGUGUACGCGGCGCUGGUGGCCAUCAUCAACUCCAAGUUUCCGAACAUUGGCGAGCUGCUGCUGAAGCGGCUGGUCAUUCAGUUCAAGCGAGGCUUCCGGCGCAACGACAAGGCCAUCUGCCUGUCCGCUUCGCGCUUCGUGGCUCACCUGGUCAACCAGCGGGUGGCGCACGAAAUCCUGGCCCUCGAGAUCCUCACGCUGCUCGUGGAGAACCCGACGGACGAUUCGGUCGAGGUGGCCAUCGCGUUCCUGAAGGAGGUGGGCCAAAAGCUGACGGAGGUGUCGGGCAAGGGGAUCAACGCGAUAUUCGAGAUGCUGAAGAACAUCCUGCACGAGGGCAAGCUGGACAAGCGCGUCCAGUACAUGAUCGAGGUGGUGUUUCAGGUGCGCAAGGACGGCUUCAAGGACCACGUGGCCGUGGCCGAUGCGCUCGAGUUGGUCGAGGAGGACGAUCAGUUCACGCACCUGAUCAUGCUGGACGAGGCAACGGACACGCAGGACAUUUUGAAUGUCUUCAAGGUGGACAACGAGUUUGAAGCGAACGAAACCAAGUACAAGGAGAUUAGCAAGGAAAUUCUGGGUAGCGACGCGGAGGACGAUGGCGACGGAGAUGGCAGUGGGUCCUCCAGUGGCGACGGUGGCAGCGAUUCGGACGACGAGGACGGCGCCAGUGACUCGGACGACGACGGUGCGGCGGGAGGCGACGGUUCGCGCAAACAGGACGCCAUCAUCGACAACACGGAAACGAAUCUGGUGGCCCUACGGCGCACCAUUUACCUCACGAUCCACUCCAGUCUCGAUUACGAAGAGUGUGCCCACAAGCUGAUGAAGAUGGAACUGAAGCCGGGCCAGGAGCAAGAGUUGUGCCACAUGUUUCUCGACUGCUGCGCCGAGCAGCGGACGUACGAGAAGUUUUACGGUCUGCUGGCGCAACGAUUCUGCAUGAUCAACAAGAUGUACAUCGGGCCGUUCGAGGCGAUCUUUCACGACACGUACACCACGACGCACCGGCUCGACACGAACCGGCUGCGGAACGUGAGCAAGUUCUUUGCCCACCUGCUGUUUACCGAUUCCAUCGGCUGGGACUCGCUGGCGUGCAUCCGGCUGAACGAGGAGGACACGACCAGUUCGAGCCGCAUCUUCAUCAAGAUCCUGUUCCAGGAGCUGGCCGAGUACAUGGGACUGUACAAGCUGAGCACCCGGCUGAAGGACCCGACGCUGCAGGAACCGUUCGCUGGCCUCUUCCCGCGGGACAACCCGAGGAACACGCGCUUCGCCAUCAACUUUUUCACCUCCAUCGGCCUCGGAGGGCUAACGGAUGAGUUGCGAGAGUUUUUGAAAAGUGCCCCCAAGCAAGUGGCUGCACCGUUGCCGGCUCCUGCCACUGCCACUGCUGCGGCGAAAGAUGCCAGCGACUCGGAUUCCAGCUCCUCCGACUCAUCGGAGUCUUCGGAUAGCAGCACCAGCAGCAGUAGUAGCAGUAGCAGCAGCAGUAGUAGUAGCAGCAGUGGCUCUGAACCGCAGCGCGAUCGACGUAAGCAACGGCGAAAGAAGGAGAGCUCCAAAUCGAAAAAGGACGCACACAAAGCCCGCAAACAGACGGCGAUGGCGGAGGACAGAAAACGGGACAAGCGCCCGAAGGACAGUGGAAAGAGAAGAAAAGAAAAUCCGGAAAACGAGCCGAGACCCGAGAGGCGCGACCCUAGAGACGACUACGAUCGUGGACGCGAUGAUCAUCGACGCGACGAUCGUUAUCGCGUCGAGGUGGCGGCAGACGGCGUUGGGCAGCGGAACCGUGAAGAAAACUAUCGCAAACGGUACCACCGGGAGGAUGUGCACGACGACGAGCGCCGUGAUCGUGAACGUGAUCGGUACCGCGAGCAAAUGCCGGAACGGAACCGUAGCCGCGAUCGUCGUGAUCGCCGCUAG